AUGACCUUCACCCAUCUUCAGUGCAUUGCUGAAAAUGACAACAUUUCAAAUAACAUAGACUCGCGAUUUCAAGUUUUGAGUCGGCAGUUUGAGAGGAUCUCCAGGGAGCGCCGUGCAUUCAAGGAAACAGAUCACAGCCUGAAUUCCCUCAAAUCCUGGAUUAAGAGUCUACCGAAAAUGACCAAGAGGCUUGUCUCGAGCCUGGCGAACAUGAUUACAGCUCUGAGGGAGAACAACCAUCUCAACCUUAGACAAAUCCAAAAGCAGAGAACAGGGUUGUCUGACUUGUCCCACAAGAUCCGGAAACAGCAAAGUCAUAUUGGCUCUUUGGAGUCCUUUAAGAAUCAGGUUCAACAUGGAAUGCGGGACCUUCAGGCUUCGCUCAAAAGGCAUCAGACCCAGAUAUUGAAGUUGGAGUGUCAGAUGCAAGGGUUGUUCAAGAUCAUUUCAACUUCUAAGGAAGAAGGAUUAGAUCCUCUCAAUUCUAUCAGGAAGCAACAAGUUGUAGUCCUGAGGCAUGUCCAGCCUAAACCGAAGUCUGAGGAAUACAGAAUGAGAGAUAGAAUGCCUUCUGGGCCCACUGAACAACCACAGACAUACACAAUAAGACACAGAAAACAGCAGCUCUGGCAGAGCACCAUACAACCAACAGUUCAGACUGAAGAGAAACUUUUUCAGCUUUCACUUCGACACAAAAUCCCACAUAUUCAAACCCCAAAGAGAGAAACCAAAAAGUAA